UUCCCUUUUCCCCCAUCCAUCUCGACCUCGGAGGACAGCAGGAUGGAGGGCAGAGUGUGCGUGUGGCGUGUGUGUGUCCUUGUCGCCUGGACGCUGGGAUGGACCACGGCCCAAAGUCAGACCAACUUCACCAGGCCUGUCUUCCUUUGUGGCGGUCACCUGGUCACAGACUCGGGCUUCGUGGCCAGUGAAGGUUUCCCCAGCCACUACAAACCCAACAGUAAAUGCACCUGGUACAUUACAGUUCCUGCCGAUCACGUGGUCAUGGUGUCGUUCCGCCUCUUCGACAUGGAGCCCGACCCCACGUGUCGCUACGACUACCUGGACAUUUACAACGGCCACUCGCACGCGGUGCAGAGGCUGGGCCGGUUCUGCGGCACCUUCCGGCCCGGGGCCCUCAUCACCACCUCCAACACCAUGAUGCUGGAGAUGACGUCGGACGCCAGCACCGGCGGGAGAGGCUUCCUGGCCUUCUUCAGCGCGGGGAAACCGCAUGUAGAAGAGAACCAGUUCUGCGGAGGCAGGCUGACCAAGGAGCAGGGCUCGGUCAAGACGCCCAACUGGCCCAACGCAGAUUACCCAGCGGGCAUCAGCUGCUCCUGGCACAUCUCUGUAGAGCCCAGCAAUGUGAUCGAAGUGAAGUUCCAGAAGUUGGAUUUGGAAGCGGACACUUACUGUCGAUACGACUAUGUGGCCUUGUUCAACGGCGGAGAGCGAGACGACUCGCGGCGGAUUGGGAAGUACUGCGGCGACAGAGUACCGGGGACCAUAAUAACAAAUGGGAAUGAGCUCCUGGUCCAGUUCGUCUCCGACCUCAGCGUGACCUCCGAUGGUUUCAUGGCCCAUUACUCCAGCGUACCCCGGGGGUCCCGGGUACCCACCGCUGGCGGGGACUUCAUCCACGGGCCCCGGACCUCCUACACUACUCAAAAACCGACCGCCACGCUCAGAAAACCCACCAAGCCGACUGCCAGGCCUAAACCCGGCCUUCGACCCAAACCCAGCUCCAAACCGGCCCUGCGGCCGGCGGUCAAGAAACCUUCGAAACCUCCUCCACGCAAACCCACAACCCGGCCCGCAGUUAAGCCCACUCCCAAACCUAAACCUGCCAAGCCCAUGCCUAAACCGCCGACAAAAAAACCCAUGCCUAGACCUGGCGCUAAACCUACAACCAAGCCCAAGUUUAAACCAACACUGAAGCCUCGCGUCAAGGUUAAGCCCACGCCCAAGACACCGCUGAGGACAAAAGCUAAGCCCACUCUGAAACCGAAAGCCAAGCCCACCACCACCAAGAGCGCAGUUAAAGUUAAACCGAGCCUAAAGCCCAGGGUUAAGCCCACAGCUAGGCCAAAGGUGAAGCCUAAAGCAACCGGGACGCCGCCGCCGGGACAAAGCAAGACGGCGACAAAGAAACCUGCCGUGAUCAAGAAGCCUUUACCACUGAACCCACUGUGUACACAAGCCUGUAAGAAGACUGGCACUCUUCAAUCCAGCUUCUGCCCUCACGACUUUGUGAUCGUGGGUAAGGUGACGUCAUUAGAGGCGGCCACGAGGGGCGGUGUGACGGUAGAAGUGUCCAUCAUCAAGGCUUAUAAAGCAGGAAGUCUGAACAUCAAUAAAUCGGGACCGAUCCGGUCGGUCAGUCUUACCUCCGCCUGCAAGAAAUGCCCCGGGCUACAGAAAGGAUUGAACUACGUGUUGAUGGGGAAAGUGGACGCUCAGGGCAAAGGCCUUCUCAGCCCCUCCAGUUUCACUCUACUCUAUAAACCCAUCCACGCCAAAGCGCUGGCCAACCUGGCGCGCCAAUCAUGCUGACAUCACGGCCCGCUCCACCUAUCAGGAUGAAAGUCCCGCCCCUCCCUCGUUCUCUAUAUAUUAAUUGUAAAAAUAUUAUAAGAAAUCAACAUUUUUUAUAUGGAUACUGUUAUGAAAAACGGUGAAACUUCAAAUAAACAAGGAGAU